AUGGACAACCCUCACGACUACCUAAUCACGGGCCGUGCCCCGUCCCGCCGACCAGUCGAUCCUGACAAUGCCGACAGCUGGGUCAUGCUCAACCAGGGCGGCUUCGUCAAGCUCGGCAACGAGCGCGUCCUCCUCAAGCUCGACUCGCGGAUAUCCUGCGAGCUGUCCGUGCCCCAGGAGCUGCGCGCGCGCUGCACCGCCUUCCAGCGCAAGAGCGACAAGGGCACCUUGUUCCUGACCAACAAGCGGAUAGUCUACCUGCCCGCCAAGCCCGCCCAGGAGCCCAAGUUCGAGUCCUUUAGCGCGCCCAUCCUCAAGUUCCAGGACUCGAGCACCUCGUCGUCCAUGUGGUGGGGAUGGGUCUGGAAGUCGGACUGCGUGCCCGUCUCAGGCGGCGGCAUCCCCCCGGACCUGCCGCGCAUCGAGGUCAAGUUUACCUUUUCCGACGGCGGCAUGAAUGACUUCAACGAGGCGUACAUUCGCCUGCGAGAGCGCCUGUUCCAGUACCAGGAGAUGCGGCGGGAAAUGGGGCCCGGCGCUGACAUCCCUGAUGAGCCGCUGCCGGCGUACGAGGCUCAGGGCGGGCAGCCGGCGCCGGUCGCGACGUUGGCCGUGCCCCGGAACGUCCGCUCCGACAGCUCCUCGAGCCGGAGGGCCCCCGACGAGCCGCCGCCCGACUACGACGAGGCCCAGGCGCAGCAGCUCAGCAACCGGUUGGAGGAUCACAUCCGGGGCGAGGCGGAGAGGGGCGACCAGGAGGACGAUUGA